AUGGAGAAACUACAGCCAACUGACGACUAUGCUAAAUUUGAUCCCGAGUGGUACCUUACAAACUAUGUAGGAACAGAAGAGGCAUCCAUCAAUAUGAGAACUGACCUCACAAUCUACCACCAAUUCUUCACCCAAAACAAUAUCCGUGGUAAGCGCCUCCUGGAUGUGGGAACUGGCCCUUCUAUACACACCUUGCUCUCCGCUAGUAAUCACGUGGACGAGAUUAUCUUGUCCGAUUACACACCGCAGAAUCGCCAAUAUUUGGAAAACUGGCUAAAUGGAAAGACAUCCCAUCCGAAGAUGAUGGUUGACUUUGUCACAAGUCUGGAGGGUCGCACGGUGACUGCUGAAGAAAAAGAAAACGAAAUACGACAAAAAGUUAAAGGAAUUCUUCACAUAGAUAUCACUUCAGAACAGCCACUAGGAAGAGACUAUGACGGUGAACUUUUUGAUGUCAUAAUUACGAGUUACUGUUUCGAAGCAGCAGUGACUGACGUUCCUGGGUAUAAAAGAUGUAUCGAGAAUGUAUCCCGUCUUCUAAAGAAGGGUGGCUAUCUUAUUAUAGGUGUCUGUUUGGAGGGAGAUACUUAUCAAGUUGGAGAAUUCGCAUACCCUACUAUGAAUAUCACAAAGGAGCAGGUCGAUAAGGCUAUGAAGGAAUCAGGGUACGAGAUCAUAGCAUCCGAUCAAAUUCAAGGAACACCAGUUGAUGCACAAUUCCAAGACUUCAAAUCAUAUUAUUUUUUUGUUGGAAAAUGA